AUGGAGCAGCUAAGAUGGCUCACCGGCAUGAGCAGAAACGAGGAUUUGCCAGAAUGGGACAGCCCAUCACCUACAACUCCAACAGCGGGCUCCUCUGAGCACACCAGUUUGACAGCGUAUUCCGAAGAAACAGACGUGGCCCUCAAUCAUAAUGCUGGCGCCAAUAGACGUACUAUCUACGACCCAGUGGCAGACCCUAGCAAUCGAAGCUGUCUGAAAGCUCUCCAGACGACAGAUCCCCGCGAACACAAGGAGCGCAUUGAGAAAUCCAGCGGUGGCUUGUUUCGUGACUCUUGCUCAUGGAUUCUGGAUAACGCCGACUUUAAGCAGUGGUACUGUCAUCCAAGGAGCAACCUGCUCUGGAUAAAAGGCAAUCCUGGCAAAGGAAAGACCAUGUUGCUAUGCAGCAUCAUUGACGGACUGAACUCCACGGCAGAGUCAGAGAACCAACAGGCUUGCACGCUAUCCUACUUUUACUGCCAGGCUUCAGAUUUUCGCACCAAUAAUGCUGCAGCCGUGCUUCGCGGCCUAAUGUACAUGCUAAUUGACCGUCAGCCUAUGCUUCUGUCACAUGCGCGAAGGACUUACGACCGCGUUGGGGACCAACUCUUCAAGAACUCGAAUUGGGGGGCUUUGUCCAAGAUAUUUUCGGCUAUUGUACAAGACAGGCGCCUAAUCAAUACGUUUAUCAUCAUUGACGCUUUGGAUGAAUGUACUGCAGACAGAGAUUUGCUUAUUGACCUGAUUGCUCGGGUAUCAGCAGCGACUCCAGAGGUCAAAUGGCUCGUGUCCAGCCGCAACAUGUCGGAUAUUGAGGAGGGCUUCACCAUGGCCCACAAACUAGAAAUCUCUCUCGAAUUGAACGACAGGUCCAUUUUUGCAGCUCUUGGCCUAUACGUCCAGCAUAAAGUUGUCGAAUUAGCAAAAGGGAAAGGGUAUAGCAACGAGUUACAGAAUUCGAUUUACGGGUACAUAUGUCGGGGCGCAAAGAGUUCAUUCCUCUGGGUGGCCUUGGUUUGCCAGGAUAUUGCCACAAUCCCAAAGCAUUCAUAUAUUCUCCCAAGGCUCGCUGAGUUUCCGACUGGGACCGACGCUUUGUACACCUACAUGCUGGACCAAAUCUGCAUUUCAAAGAAAUCUAAGCUCUGUUUACACAUAUUGGCUGUCACAUCAGCUGUAUACCGACCAAUCACAAUAGACGAGCUGUCGUCUUUGGUCAGUACGCCUGGUGGUUCGUUGGAAGAAGAGACUCUAGUACAGGCUAUAGAGAUCUGCAGCUCAUUUCUAACCAUUCAUCAACGAACCAUCCUUUUCAUCCACCCGUCUGCGAAAGACUUCUUGCUUGAGAGAGCGGCCAAUACAGUGUUUGCAUCCGGGAUGGAGCACAUACACUAUAUCGUCUUCUCGCAAUCCCUUCAAGUUUUGCAGAAAACACUGCGACGGGACAUCUACGGCCUCAAUGUCCCUGGAUUCCCAAUCGAUCAGGUAAAACGGCCUGACCCAGACCCACUAGCAGCAGCGAGGUACCCAUGCGUAUUUUGGGCCAGGCAUCUUUUGGACUCUAUAAAGUUUGUUAGACAGCAUGGCGAUCUCAGUGACGGCGGCAAAGUGGACACAUUCCUGAGAACCAAGUUUCUAUACUGGCUCGAGUCUCUGAGUCUUCUUGGUAGCUUGCCCGAGGGAGCCUUCUCAAUAUCUCGGCUACACCAUGUACUCCGAAAGAAGGCUAAAUCGUCCUAUUUUUCCGAGGCUUGCUCUGACAAUACCUAUACAGAGCCAGGUAACAGUCAGCUUGCAGACCUAGUACGACAUGCGCACAUAUUUAUUACACAUCAUAUGGUACCGAUCCAAAGCAGUCCACUCCAAGUAUAUGCUUCAGCGCUCGUCUUCACACCGGCUAACACUCCUAUUAAGAACCUUUUUAGGUAUGAGGAGCCGGGAUGGAUUGUCCCGAAACCGAAUACCGAUGAUAAAGAACGCAUCCCAGGUGGCGUACAAGCGUUGAAAGGGAUCAGCGAACAAAUUGACAGCAUGGUCUUCUCACCAGAUGGCGCUUUACUCGCGUCAGUGUCCAUUGACGGCGCUGUCCAGAUUUGGAAUCUUGAAACCGGCCGUUGCUUGCAAACGCUCCACGUUCACUUAGAUUCUGUUUAUUCCGUUACUUUUUGUCCAACUAGCAGCACUUUGAUCAUCUCUGGGAGAGAAGAUAACUCCAUCCAAGUCUGGGAUACACUUACAAACCAGAUGCUGCAAACUCUCAAGGGCCAUAACGAUGCCAUUUGCGCCAUUAGCUUCUCACCAAAUAACAACGACUUACUUGCGUCCGGAUCGUGGGAUCAUACCGUCAGAAUCUGGGACCUCGCAGCAAGCAGCUGCCUGCAAACCCUCAAGGGUCACGAUGGCGAUGUCUGCGCCAUUGCCUUCUCGCCAGAUGGCGUCCGGCUUGCGUCGGGGUCGUCUGACUGCACUAUCAAGAUCUGGGACCCAGUCAAUAACCUGUGCCUUCAAACGCUCCGUCGAUAUAAUGUAGUCUCUACCGCCAUCACCUUUACAGCCGAUGGAACCAAGCUCGUAUCAGCACUGGACGGUGAUGAUGUUGCAAUCUGGGAUGUGGCAACAGGUCAAUGCCUACACAAAGCAUUCGUUGGCGCUCCACUUCGAAAACUAAAUUUCGACGUGACAGGCUCUCUGCUUCAUACGGAUAGGGGGACGAUUAGUGUCGACUUUUCUAAUAAUGCCAAGGUAUGGAAAGAUUAUGGUCAUUUCUGGAAUACUGUUCUCGUAGUGUCUCAACCACCUCACACUGACUUCAAUCUCACAUUUUCCACAAUCAAGCGAUGGUGGGAACGUCACAAUCGGGUGACUUUAACUCAGUGCUAUUCUAGAAAUGUCCAUGCCACGCAAGCUAGCGAUGUUUCGCGAACCUUGGAGAGACGUCUCCAGACGCAUCUCUCCAUGUAUAAAGAAGUCCUUCGCCAACCCCUGAGGCUCGACUCUUCUCUCAUCAUCAAUCAUAACAAUCAGAACAAAAGCAUCAGCUACUAUAUGCAAAACUGCAAAGCACCUCUUCGCAACAUACUAUCUCGCAACAGCCGCACUCUGAAGCCCUCUUCUCUAAGACCACUCACAACCACACCUCGCAAAAUGUCUCUCUUCCAGCGCAACUUUUACCCUCCCGAGGCUUCCUUCACGCCUCUCUUCCGCCUCCUCGAGGACUUUGACAACUACUCCCGACAAGACAAUGGCACCACCCCAGGUCGCCCCACUGGCCUCGCUCACUGGCAGCCCAAGUUUGACGUGCGCGAGACCGACUCUGCCUAUGAGCUCCACGGCGAACUGCCCGGCAUGAGCAAGGAAAACGUCAGCAUUGAGUUUACAGACUCCCAGACCCUGCAUAUCAAGGGCAAAGUCGAGAGGACCUACAGCUCCGGCACUUCUCCCGCUGGUGCUCUAGAAGGCAAAUCUAACGCCGGCGCCAUCACUGAGGGCAAGGAAGGCCAGUCAAAGUCGACUUCUCACAAGCCCACCGUUGAAGACGCAACCGAAGAGGGCACCCCCAAAGAAGGCGAGGGCCAAGUCGCAACGACCUCUGAGGAAAAGAAGCCCGCCGACUCUGCCAAGUACUGGCUCACCGAGCGCAGCGUUGGCCAGUUUUCGCGCACCUUCAACUUCCCUGCUCGUGUUGAUCAGGAUAACGUCUCGGCCAAUUUCAAGGACGGCAUCCUGAGCAUCACUGUUCCCAAGGCUGCUAAGCACGAACCACGACGCAUUGCUGUCAACUAG